AUGCAACUUCUCCAGUUUCCCUUUAACACGUCUCUAUUAACUACGCUUUGUGAGGUUGUAAAGGUAGGCUGUUUAAUCUUUCACUUGCCCAUUGCCCCCAAUCCAAGUAAGGGACUCGGUGUUCGUAAGAGGUUUACCAACUUACACGUGGUUCACACCUCAAACAAAGAUAAUUACUUGAAGGCACCAGGUUACACCGAUGACGUCUGUAACGUCUUUUUUGUUAUUGAACUUAGACAGGAGGAGGUAAGAGAGGACGAGGUGGAGGAACAGGUGCUCUCAGAUGAACUGAAAAAAAUCCGAGACCUGGAGGCUGAGGCGGAUCUCAACAUCGAAAAGGAAUACGUGGACUUUCCAAGUCCGGCGGAAGUGGUGGAAGAAGAAAUGCUGAGUUCAUCUGAAUCCAAGGAGACGAAGGAGGUAGAAAAACCCAGAGAAGAAAUAAACAACAACGUAUAUGAAGGAAUCCAGCACAUUUCGGAAUCUGUGUUUGUUGGAUUGUGUCACAAAAUAGGAACCUCACAACAAGUUGCCAUGAGGAGAAAUAUGGCGGACAUUAAUGAGACAGUGAAAAGACAAGGGAAAGCCAAUAACAACACGAGGUAUAUGCUGAGUGGAAGUAGACGAGAAGGGUUCAAUUUGACAGGAUCCGAUGUAGACAGAAUGUUUUGGCCUACUGAUCAUCGGGUAAUCUGGGACCGGCGUCAAUUUCAAAAUAUAAAUGGAAAAACAAUAAUUAUCUCUGAUUCUUCUGAAAGUCCACCAGGAUUUUCUCUGCUUCAGAUACUGACACCACCUUGGAACAGAGAUAUUUUCUUGGCCUGUUUCAUGAAAAAUAGAAGAUUUUAUAUUUCUAGUUCAGUAUACAAGGAAAUUAUGUGUUCUAAAUUCCAAAUUUCUACUUUCAGUGGACCCUGUGGAAGUGGAAAUGUAAUUGGAAUAGAUUUUGAUAAUGCUUACUGUCUUGCCUCUGACUUUUGGCCUCCAGCUGCCUCGUUAUGGAUAGAGAGAUGUCACGUGUGGCCUCCAGCUCAAGUUGUAAGAGAUAUAGUUAAGAGAGGAUGCCACUUGGUACCAAUUGGACAUCCACUAGGGCUCCAUCAAAGUAAAGAAUGGAGAAUUUCUUUUUCUCUGGCAGAACAGAAACUUGUGUACUCGAUGAACCACUGCCAGUUCCUGGUUUAUGGAUUGUUAAAAUUGUUCCUGAAAGAGGUCUUAAAUCACCAGUUUGAAGAUAACGAAGGAUCAGAAAACAAUAGCAAACUGCUUUGUUCCUAUCACAUGAAAACAGCAGUGUUUUGGGUGAUUCAGAAAAACAUCAUUUCCUGCUGGUGUCCACAGAAUCUUUUGGAGUGUUUCUGGAUCUGUUUUAAAGUCAUCCUACAGUGGGUGUACGAUGGGAUCUGUCCAAACUUUUUCAUUCCUCAAAACAAUAUGUUUUUAGUGAAGAUAUAUGGGGAAGCACAAAAUAGGUUAUUUUUAUGGUUACAUUCAUUAUACGUGACCGGGUUGGCAUCUCUGUUACAGAGUCCUUCCAUAAGAUCACAUAUCAUAAAGGUUCUCUACAAUCCUAGGGGUUUCGUUUUUACAGAUGAACGUUACGUGACGUCUGAAGUCGAAUUUGAUACUGAUGUAUUCUGUAAUUUAAGACAGUUUGAUCUACGCAAUGCAGACUUUCAACAAUGUUUGAAAUAUCUUCAAAAAAUCGAACAAUUGAUAGCUUCAUCAGCUUCAUCGUAUGAAAUUGUCAUGUUACAAAAUAUGAUAGCCUAUACACUAUACUUAGCUGCAUUUAUGUUGCAUACCAAGUACGCAUACACUGGUAUUAAUAAACUGGUGUACGUCGCUGACAAAAUGUCAUGUUAUAUGUUGAAAGUAACAGCCAAGUUUGGGUUAAUUUCUUACAUGUUAUACAUUGCUAUGUAUUAUUACAAGACAUUUAGGUACCAGAAAGCCUUAACUGUGAUAGAGAUGUCAAAGGCCAGACUAUCAAAACCAUUUGUUAUGUAUUGGGUACACGUGGACGCAGAGAGGUAUAGAGAGGCGCUAAGAGGACAGACCUGGUCUACAAAGAUGAGAAAGGCUGUAGCUCACGACAUUAUGCUUCUGGCUGAUAUCUGUUACAUCAAUGAAUUAAUGAUGGAACUACAGUGUACUAUACCAGGACAAAGGGAUGGACUAUUGGUACCACCCUUUGUCCUCUUGCACAUGUUGGAUUUUUUGUGCAGUAGACAUGUUGACAUGACAAGAGCACACACAGCUUUAGAUGAUCUAUAUACCUUAGUGCAUUAUGAUGAGGGAAAGUACGUAGCCCUACAUCUUAAAGACAUAUCAUGGCAGAUCCUGGGGAUUUGUCAGCAGAUGUCAGACCCUCCGAAUCUCGAGGCUGCUUUGUACUCUUACCAACGAUCACUCCAAUAUGAAUUCAGCAAAAUACAGACUGCUACACUGACAAGAAUACAAGGCAUCAUGAUAAAAAACAUGACCCACCCACUGCUGGUCAAUCUGGGAACAUAA